GCCUCUGUUUGUGCAUUCUCGAUACUGUGCCGAUUUAUGUAUGUCUUGCGUUCACACCCGUUCUAGGACGUACGCCUUCAGUGAGCAACAUCGCAGUCGAACUGUGCCCCUGUUAUGAUCAUUGUGGUUUCGCUGUCUCGACAGUGUUUCCACCGCACAUUUGCGUUGCUCGCAUCAGCUUCUUGAAACACAAUAUGUCUCCUGCGGUCCUUCACCACUCGAUACUCGACUGCGAAGCGCCGCGAUUGGCGAACAGCUGCAGGUGGCUGCAUGAACCGUCUGCCUCGUUGCCUGCCUGCCGACAGGCGCAGCACCGCACAUUUACGAUGGCCGACAUUUUCGUCGUUGCCUGAUGAGAGGCCGUGGCUCGAUAUUGUGACAGUCCGGCUCCUGCAGAGACACUUUUCUCGACACUAGUUGUGAUAUCGUGUUCAGCUGGAAGCAUUGGUCCGUCCUGUCUUCGGUUCGCAAUGACGCUCCACCGCCAACAUACCAAUCAAGAAGCGCCGGCAGCCCGCCAUCUCCAGAAGGUUGGCAUUAGCGGCUCUCGGACAUCGUAUCCUCCUCCGACCCCUCCACCACUACUACCACCAUCGUCUUCCCUGCCUGUUGACCAACGGUCACCAGAGCGAAGUCCUCUGAAGCCACUCCCGAGGAGUGGUACAAACUCGUCCAGAAGAUCUGCCGACUCCGGAUACGCCUCCGACUGUUACUCCGACCCUGGCCAUCGACCCCGCAGCUGGGCUUCACCCACGCGCAAACUCAACGCCGAUGAGGAGAAUGCUGCCUGCGCGUUCAUCGAACAUGCCGACGAAUGCUGGGACUGUAACUGUCUCGGUAGCGAUCGGCGUCUUCGGGAACAACUCUGCGGAAUAGGGGCUAGUCUAGCCGGCGAGCUCGGUCGGCUGAUAUACAUCUCACAAGAUGGUGGCAUCUGGAGCAGAACGGACAACCGCCAGGUCCGGCUAGGCUACAAGCUUGGACUACGAUUCGAAUCGGUCUGCGGUUGGGCUGAAGCCCUUGAGCGGAGUCUAUGUCGUGGUGACACCAGCCUCCUACCUCGUGACAACGACCCCUGGAAUCAUUCCCGCGGACAUGAUCCAAGAAGAGCAAAUUCGAUUCAAAAGACCCCACCUCCGUUGGAGCGGGCUAGACUGGGAAAGGGAGGUACAGAGUCAGCAAGGACGCUUACGAAAGCCCUCGAGACCAUUGCCAGCUAUCAAAAGGCUCCCGACCUACGCCGGCGAACCAUCUUUGAGGAUAUUCGCAAGCAAUUCACAGAUUCUGCAACGAAGCGGGCCCUUCCUCACCAGCUACCCGCAGCUCCAGACAAGACAGUGAACUUGGGAAGUUUGCUCGUGAAAGACCAGUCCUCUGUGGCAGAUUCCCCGCAUGAACCUUGCGCGUUCUUUGUGCCUCGAUGGACGCCAGGAGAGAGCACGCAGAGCCGGGAGACAGGAGAGGCGACCGUACAUUUCGAUAGUGCGGGUAGAGCCGUGGAGAACGCCUUGACGCAAUUUGAGAAGCUCACAUUUCAGGAAGGGGGCAAUCAUGCAGCAUCUGAGCCUACGGACGGUAUAGAAGGCUCAUCUCCCUCUCAGAAGCGCCACCAACAAAGCUCAUCGCCUCCAUCUUCUCGGGCAUACUUACAACGUUUGCAAAGGAAGCGUGUACGUGGCGAUCGAGACCCCGGGGACGACUCCGGCGACGAUGACGGGAACAACGAUCGUCCACCGAAGAGAGAUGGCAAGCGCCCGGAUAGUGCGCCUAAUCGGAGAUUGAAAUGUCCAUUUUACCAACGAGCGCCAGAGAAGUGUCCUAACAAAGCAUGCCGAGGCGAAGGGUUUACAGACAUCGCGAAGCUCAAAGACCAUAUUAAGAGAGUGCACACACAACCCCUUCGAUGUGUCCGGUGUUGGCAACAGGUACGUAAAUGGUAGUACCUACCUAGGUAUGGCGGGUCACUGUUAAUCGGCCUCCUGAAAACCACUCGGGAAGACCUUCAAGGCGUAGAGACAUUGACUUUCAGUUGCUCCAUAAGCUAACGAAUACCACUACGCUCGCAGAUGGACUCCGAAGAUGCUUAUGAUGCACAUCGGCAGGAAGACAUCUCCUGCAAAAAGCGACCGGAACCAGCGGACGACCGUCUUCGG